AUGGGAAGCAAGGAGAAUAUCCAGCUUCAUGUGUUGCCUGAAGAAGAAGCCUGGGACCUAUUUCGGGACAUGGCAGGGGUUGACACUACAGACAAGGCCAACAUAAAGCACAUUGCAAGGAAGGUUGCAAAAGAAUGCGGAGGCUUGCCCCUUGCUAUAGUGACAACAGGAAGUGGGCUACGAAACAAAGCUAAGCCUCAAUGGGAGUAUGCAUUUGAGCAACUACAACAUUCUAAGUUGCUGAAUAAGGUUCAAUCAAGCAUUGAGCUUAGCAUUACGUCUUUAGGAACUGAAGAGCACAAAUAUUGCCUUUUUCUUUGCGCCUUGUUUCCUGAAGACUUUGAUGUUCCGGUAGAAUGUGUGCUGCGUCACGCCGUGGGGAUGCGAUUGAUUAAUUUGGCUGGUGCGCUGGGAAAAGCAAGAAACAUGGUGGACACUUUGGUGGAUGACCUCAAAAGGUGCUUUUUAUUGCUGGAAAGUGGAAAACGUGACUGUGUGAAGAUACAUGAUGUUGUACGCGAUGUUGUCUUAUCAAUUGCAUCUCGAAAAGAGCACGGUUUUGAGGUGCGGCAAGGUAAUGAUGAAUUGAAGCAGUUGAAGAAACAAGACAAGGUGGAUCAUUUCAAAGCACUAUCACUCAUUUUGGCAGAUGCAAUCACCAAUGGCAUAGACUAUCCAAUGCUUGAGCUCUUUCAAGCGCGAUCAGAAAGGGAGGAAGCGAUUUUGUGGCCGGAGAAUUUCUUCCAAAGAAUGAGUAAGAUCAGAGUUUUGACAAUGAACAAGUUGCGCAUUCCAACAAUGCCGUCUCUUUUCCAAACCCCCGUGACCUUAAGGACAUUGCAAUUAGAAGAUUGUGAUGUUGGAGAUGUGUCCGUGAUUGGCAAUAUACUUGUUGAACUCGAAAUCUUAAGCCUCUCCCGCUCCAACAUUAAAGAACUUCCAACUGAAAUCGGACAAUUAAGCUCUCUGAAAUUGCUCGACUUGACAGAAUGUAAUGAACUUGCCAUCAUUUCAGAUAAUGUCUUUGCAAGGUUGUCCCAGUUGGAAGAACUUUAUUUCAGGGUAAGCAACUUCCCUUGGAUGCUAAACAAGCCAAUUCUCGGUGAGUUGAUAGAACUUUCUCAACACUUGAAGGUUUUUGAAAUCCGAGUAAGAGAGGUAGAAAUUCUGCCUAAAGAUUUGAGUUUCAAAAAUAUAGAGAGGUUUUGGAUUUACGUGGCUCAAUAUGUAUAUUGGGGUGACGAUCGUGGUUUUGGAUAUCUGGAGCCAAAUAAGUUAGUGUUCAGACAUACAAGUUACAAGAAGUCUAUCAAGUGUAGCCCAGUACUAAUGCAAUUGAUUAAGAGAUGUGAAGUGCUCAAGUUGGAAGGCGUGAAGGACAUGAAAAAUGUGAUUUGUGAAUUAGAUGACAACGGAUUCCAGUGCUUGACAAAUCUAGAACUAUAUUCAUGUCCAGAUGUUAUGUAUGUUGUAGAUUGCAUCACUGCAACUUCUUACACUGCCUUCCCGUUAUUGAAGUCAUUGUCAAUAAUGAAUCUCCCAAUGCUAAAGGAGAUAUGUAAGGCAUCCGACAAUCACCAUAAAGUCAACAACCCGUUGAUUUCUGAGUUCUUAAAUUUAGAGAAAUUGUAUUUGGAGCGUCUUCCACUAUUCACUGGCUUCAGCAAUGCCAUCGAUUCAACUGAGCCACCUUCAUCAACAGAUUCAUCUCAUCGUGGUUCGAGUUGCACAAAUGAAAGAGUUAAUGCUUCACAAACUAAGGAAGAUGAGUCUAUGUCUAAAUCAAAUUGUCAAAACAAGUUAUUUUCAUCUAUUUGGAUGCUACAAUUUCCAGUAUUGGAAACCAUCACCUUAGAGAUCUGUCAUUCCUUGGAGGAAGUAUUUGACUUGCGAGAAUAUUUAAAGUCGUCCAAUACCCAAAUGUUUCCUCAGCUGCGAGAAAUCAACAUCUAUAGACUUCCUAAGCUAAAAUAUGUGUGGGGUAAUGUUCCGCAUAGCGUUGAUGGGUUUCACAAUUUGAGAUCAAUUCAAAUUUCGUCAUGUGACUCUUUAAGUCACGUGUUUACACCAGCCACUGUCAAAGCAAUGGUGAAUCUUGAGACAUUAAAAAUAUCUUAUUGCAACUCGAUGGUGGCUUUAGUUGCUGAUGAAGAAGAGGGAGAUCUUGAAACCAAAGGAAGAGAACAUACUAUCAUCUUUAAUAAAUUAUGUUCUUUAUCACUCUAUAGACUUCCGAAUUUUGAAAACUUGUAUACAGAUUCCGCAAAGUUAGAAUGGCCAUCAUUGAGAACAUUCUAUUUUCGGUAUUGUCCCAAGUUGAAGAUAUCUUUGAUACCAACCCAAUUGAAGACAGAAAACAGGGACUUUAGCAAUUCCAACUCAUCAAGCUCCUCUCAUCGGCCCCUUAUUGGUUGCAUGCCUUGGCCACUUACAUUUGUUCGCCACCGCAGUCAAGAGACUACUACAAGCAUGGAAGCAUCAUUGGCACAAGAUCAAGAAGAACCUGCAAUUUCUGAAAUCAAGGGCAAGGCAGAAAUAAGCCAUGUACCAAUUCUUGAAGAUCUUACUCUGAUUCACUCUGAUUCAGUGGAAGAAGUAGUUUUGCUUGAGGGAACACACAAUUCCAGCAUUGACAUUUGUGAUUAUGACAAUUUAGAAAAAAGAACAAGCAUGAUGGUUACUUUCACUCACUUGGUGUCACUUCAAUUGUUUGGACUACCAAAUCUUGAGAAUUUUUGUUCUUUUGCAAUCAACGGCAAGCAAGAAGGCAGGGAUUCUAAUGAAGGCAGUGAGAGAAUAUUGAGAGAAAAGCCUUUUAUUAAUGGAUUAUUAGUUCCAAACUUAACAUCUCUACACAUGUCUAAGUGUGACAGAAUAAAGAUAUUGUUCUCUUUUUCAACUUUUGGAAGGCUUCAAAAUUUAAGAGUAAGUAAUUGCAAGAACAUAGAAGAAAUAGUAUCCAAAGACAACAUUAACACAAGUGAAGAUAAAGUCAUGUUCCCAAAAUUAGAGAAACUAAGUCUUAAAAGCUUACCAAAACUAAAAGCCUUCUGUCAAGUUUCCUACUCCUUUGAGUUGUCAUCUCUGCAAGAAGUAAUGAUUAAAGACUGUAUGAACAUGGAAGUGUUUUCACGGGGAUCUUGUCAUACGACUAAGCUCAAGAAUGUCACCAUGAAUUCGAAGGCAACAUACUUCAAGUGCAAUAUCUCUGUGCAAAAAGAAGACCAGUUGAAUUCUACUAUAGAGGGAUUUAGAACAUUUAUGGAAUUACAAGAAGAAAAGAUGAUUAGGUGGAGCGAUCUCCAUGAUAAAGACAUAAUUAAGAACUUGUUUGAGAUUUCAGUUAUGAAUAUCAGUGGGUAUCAUGAACUCUCAAUGCUUGUUCAGCUCAAGGAGAUGGGCAUGCUUCGACAUGUAAGGGAACUAAGCAUUACUAGUUGUGAUUCACUAGAAGAGGUGUUUGAAGCAAGAGGAGAAAUGCUUACGAAGGAAGGAUAUGAUCAAAGCAUAAAUUAUGGAUUAGAGAGCAUAAAAUUACAAGAUUUACCAAAAGUGAGGAGCAUAUGGGGACUCAAUAUUGUGAGGCAUGUAAGUUUUACCAAGUUAACGUCAAUUGAAAUUGCAAGAUGCAACAAUUUAAAGUGUGUGAUGUCCUAUUCUGUUGCCAAAAGCCUUGUGGAGAUAAAAGAACUAGAAGUUAAAAACUGUGAGAUGAUAGAAGAGAUUGUCAAAAAAGAAGAGGAAGAGAAAAUCAUGAACAUGGGUGCAGGCUGUAAAGAUAAGACCUUAUUUCCAAAAUUGGAGAAGUUGAGUCUUGAAAAUUUGCCGAACUUGAGAUGUUUCUGUUAUGGAGAUUAUGACUAUGACAUCCCAUUGAGCAAUGAAAAUGAAGAUAAGAAGAAACAGGAACAAGUGCAGGUUAAUAAUGACACGCUCACCCUUGGAGACAUGAAUUUGACACUAUAUUAUCUUCACAAUUAUUCAGGCAAAUAUAAGGUGGAGUUGCAAGAAGUAGACACAUUUGAAUAUGUUGACGAGAAACCUCAAUACAAGCACUUGGUGGGCUACAUGAAGAGGGUAUCAAGGCUUGAAGUUGAGAGCUGCAACAAGCUUCUCACAUGUGUCCAAUCAAACACCAUUCAUUCAUUAUUAUUCCAACAUCUGAAAGAGCUUCAUGUACGGCAAUGUCAUAUUAUGGAAGUUGUAUUUGAAGGGACUGGCACUGGGAUUCAUAAAUCACAAUUAGUAAGGAUGGAGUUGCAUUCUCUGCCCAAACUGAAUCACAUUUGGAGAAACAACAACUCUGUCAUAGGCUUUGAGAAUUUGAAUAUUCUAAUAAUUAGUAGGUGCCAUGAUUUGAGGUUUGUGUUUCCAAAUGUGUCCGCUGCCAGAAGCCUUUCGAAUCUGGAAGCACUUGAUGUGCAGGAAUGUAAAGAGAUGGAAGAGAUCAUUGGGAACAAUAAUAGUAAUAAGUCUGUGCAGCAUAAGGGAGCAAAGAUUAUAUUCCCAAAUUUAUACAGCAUUCGGCUGAGUAAGUUACCGAAGCUAAACAGCUUCUGUUCAAUAAGCUCUUUCUAUUUCGACCUACCAUAUUGUGAUGGAUAG